CCCGGCCCCGCUCCCUCCCUCCUUCCCUCCCGCCGCCGCAGCCGCACCGAGACACAAAAAGCGGCUGGGGCUGGGCCGGGCCGGGACCAUGACGGAGACCACCAAGACCCACGUUAUCCUGCUGUCCUGCGGCACCUUCAAUCCCAUCACCAAGGGCCACAUCCAGAUGUUCGAGAGAGCCCGUGAUUACCUGCACAAGACUGGACGGUUCAUCGUCAUCGGUGGCAUUGUCUCACCUGUGCAUGAUUCCUAUGGGAAGACGGGCCUGGUGUCCAGCCGGCACCGCCUGACCAUGUGCCAGCUGGCUGUGCAAUCUUCCGACUGGAUCCGGGUGGACCCCUGGGAGUGCUACCAGGACACCUGGCAGACCACCUGCAGUGUGCUGGAGCACCACCGUGACCUGAUGAAGAGGGUGACCGGCUGCAUCCUCUCCAAUGUCAACACUCCCUCCAUUACCCCUGUGAUCGGACAGCCCCAGAAUGAAUCUACGCAGCCUAUCUACCAGAACAACAAUGUGUCCAACAAGCCCACCGCAGCAAAGAUCCUGGGGAAGGUAGGAGAAAGCCUGAGUCGGAUCUGCUGCGUUCGCCCACCCAUGGAGCGCUUCACCUUUGUGGAUGAAAAUGCCAACCUGGGGACAGUGAUGAGAUAUGAGGAGAUUGAACUGCGCAUCCUCCUGCUCUGUGGUAGUGACCUGCUGGAAUCCUUCUGCAUCCCUGGCCUCUGGAACGAGUCUGAUAUGGAGGUGAUUGUUGGGGAGUUUGGGAUCGUGGUGGUGCCCCGGGAUGGAGCAGACCCUGAUCGGAUCAUGAACCACUCCUCAAUACUCCGCAAGUACAAAAACAACAUCCUGGUGGUGAAGGACGACUCGAACCACCCCAUGUCGGUCGUCAGCUCCACCAAAAGCAGACUGGCCCUGCAGCACGGGGAUGGACACGUUGUGGAUUACCUCUGCCAGCCUGUCAUCGACUACAUCCUCAAGAGCCAGCUCUACAUCAACACCUCCGGCUAAGUGCCAGAGGCCCUGCAGCAGAACAGCCCUUUCGUCCCACGUCUCUACAGCUCUCCAUCACACUUUUCUCUCUCUUUCUGUGUCUCCAUCUCUCUCCCCACCCCAUGGCCUCUCACUCUCGGCGCUGAUGCUCCGUAGUGCAGCAACAUCCAGGGACUGGCGGCACGGCCCCACGGGGAAUGGUUUGGUCUCUUUUUCUUAUGGGAACUGUCCUCCCCAUUGUAUACGGGGAGGGAGGGGGGCAGAGAUGUUCUCAGUGUGCUCACUGAGGGACAGCUCCAUCCCCCCUCCCAGCAUGUCACUGGGAAAUGGUCGCCCCGGUCCGUCCUCCCAGCAUGCUCAGAGCAGGAGCUUCCUCUUUGCUCAACAAAUCUAAGUGAAUAUUUUUCUUUCUUUUUUUUUUUUUUUUUUUCUUUUUUAAUUAAAUAGUUGUAGUGCAAGCUCCUUAGCUCUCUUGCCACAGUGCCCUGCUUCCCAUGUAAUCCUGGUGGGCAGUGGGCAGGCAUAAUGCAAGUGGUUCUGUGCCCCGCAGAACCUCCUCAGGCCAGCAGUAAGGACACCCCAGCCACCAAAAUCCUCCACUUGGCUCUGACAGGUCAUAAAGAUGGUAUUUCUGAAGGGGCAAGCAGUGCUGCCAAAGCAUAACUUAUCAGGGGAAUGUCACAUCUCACUUCUCCUUGUCUGCAAGCGAACUCAGCCCACUCCAAAGCCAAGGAUAGAUGCUAUACUCCAGCCCCAUGUCAGAAGAGGCAGCCUACAGCCCCUGGGAAGGGAUCCGCCAUUUACAACACCAAGAAGCAAGGAAGGAAGAAGAGGGAAAGAGGUGGCCAGGCGCCACUGAUGAGAAUUGCUCCAGGCCUGGCUCAGCUGUUUAGGGCUGGGCCCGUCCUCAUCCUUAAGCCUCCAGCUCUCCAAUGCUGGCUGUCAAAUUCCCAUUUUUCCUUUCUCUCCUUUCCUCUUCCUGUCUUUGAAAAGUUUAUGCAUGAUAUAUUCACCCUUCCAAACUGGCUUCAGGUACUUCAUACAUCCCUUGGGACAAGCCAGUUUCCUGCCUUCCUGCCUGUGACAAGCCUGGUGGAAGCUGCUCAGCCAGAUGCCAAAAAAUAAGGCAUGUAGCAUGGAGCAAAAGGGAAUAAUUUGAGCCCUGCACAGAUAAGGGUUACUUAAGCAAGCUGCUGUCCUGCUGGGUAUCCCUGGGUGCAAGGAUUUUGCUGGUGGCUCAGCCUCUUGAAAGCUGGCAGC